AGUUCAUUUUAGUUAAGUGAGAAGCAGGAGGCCUAUCCUCUUGAGUCAAAAAAAAAGAGUGUAAGAAGAGUUGCCCACACUUGGCUUAUAUAAUAAUGAACGAAAAGGCACAAUCCCGUAUUUCUCGCUGAAUGUGCAAAUAGAUUUGUGGGUUUUCUUUAGAUUUGACAAUCCCUCACUCCAUUUUGCUGCUGUUCUUUACUUUUGCUUGAAGAGAGUAAAAAAAAAAACGAAAAAAGCAGCGAUUUUUUUUAAUGCUCUUUUGGAAUUGAAGAGAGAGAUAUGCUUUGUGUAAAAGCAGAAGUCCUCGAUGACCACGACGACCCUAACAACAACGCAAGCAGUUGUACAGCUACUACUAAUAAUGGCAGUACUGGGUUUGGCUUUGUUCUGCCAAUAAAUAUAGGAAGUUCAAUUCAUAAAUAUUUAUGGAAGACUGGUAGGAUAGUGUCCAGUCGAUCUAUUUCUUCUGCAGACGGCUCUCCUUCAAUUUCUGAUCUUGAGGAUACUAAACCCCUGGAUAAAAGAAGUGGACAAUUGAAAGGUGGGAAUAUGUCUCUUUAUAGAUACCAGCUCGAGGAAGAUGUCAAAAAGUUGCAACAGCAAUUGCAAGAAGAGAUUGAUUUGCGCCUAGCUCUAGCAAGUGCUGUUGAACACUCCAAUUCAUCCUUCUCCAGUUCACCUUAUCAGCUUCCAGAUAAGGCCCAAGAACUUUUGGAUAGUAUAGCUAUUCUAGAGAUUGCUGUAUCUAAGCUCGAACAAGAAUCAGUUUCUUUGCAAUAUGAGCUUAGUCAAGAGAGAAAUGAGCGCCGUCUUGCUGAGUACUGGUUAAGGCAUUUGGCCUGCUCAACAUCCUCAUCAUUGGACUCCUCUCACACUUGUAUAACAGAGAUGAGCAGGAGACCUUGCAGCAAAGUGAAAGGAGGAGGCAAAGUGGAGGAUAAGCCCCCCUGGAUAGAUGUAAAAAGAGAGCCAAAUAGGGACCAUUUUGUUGAGAAACUUUGUCACCAUCCGAAUCAGCUUUCUGAAGAAAUGGUCUUGUGCAUGAGAGAUAUUUUUAUUUUCUUAGCAGAUUCUUCCAACCUCUCUUCUUCUGACUGCACGGCUUUCCCAUCUUCACCUCAAGGGCACCUCUCUUACUCUUCUUUGGCAUCUUUCCCAGACUCGCCUACAAUGAAUUCAUUUAUGAAGAGUGCCACGGUUGAGAUUGCACAUGAUUUUGAAGUCUCUGCAAGAUAUUGCAAGGUUGAUCCUUAUAGUCUUCCUGGUAAGGUAGAUUGGAUAGAAGGCAUUGGAGCCUAUAGUAAAGCAGCUGAAGUCUCUUGGUUGUCUGUUGGAAAGAAAGAACUUGAAUAUGCUUCUGGGGCUCUCAAAAGAUUUAGGUUACUUGUUGAGCAGUUAGCUGAAGUUGAUCCAGCUAGCCUGAGUUGUAGUGAGAAAAUGGCAUUUUGGAUUAAUGUGUAUAAUGCUUUGAUCAUGCAUGCCUUUCUAGCAUAUGGAGUUCCAAGAAGUGAUAUGAAAUUGUUUUCCUUAAUGCAGAAGGCUGCAUAUACCAUCGGAGGACGCUCAUUCAGUGCUGCUGACAUUGAGUUUGGUAUUUUGAAGAUGAAACCUCCAGCCCAUCGCCCACAAAUAGCCUUGCUACUUGCUCUUCAAAAAUUUAAGGUAACUGAGGAGCCGAAGUUCUCUGUUGAUCAACAUGAACCUCUCCUGGCUUUUGCUUUAAGUUGUGGGAUGCAUUCUUCACCAGCAGUACGAAUCUUCACGCCAGAAAAUGUAAAAGAUUUGCUCAAAACUUCAUUAAAGGAUUAUGUGCAAGCAUCUGUUGGUAUAAGCAGUAAAGGUAAAGUAUUGGUGCCAAAGUUGUUGUAUUGUUUUGCAAAAGGCAUUGUGGAGGACUUGCAGCUUCCUGAGUGGAUUUGCCAGUUUCUCUCCCCUGAGCAAGCUGCCAUGGUUAAAGAUUGUUUAUCUAACCACAAGUGGAGGCUCCUUGGUGCUCGAAGCUUCUCUGUUCUGCCAUUUGAUUCAAGGUUCCGUUUCCUUUUCCUAUGAUCGAUGCAAAAUGUAGGGUCGAACAAUUUUCCCACAUCAACAGAAGAUUUGGGUGGCCGUGUGCUUAUAUCUGAUUGUCAAGUUAUUGAAUGGUUUAAAAGCAAAAUUUAUAAAUUAUACUGUACAGAAGCAAACUUCAUCUUUAGUAUUUUGUUCUUUGUUGUAACCAGUGGAAUUAGGAUCAAGACUAUAUCGAGUUGAAACACCAUAUGGGAAUCCAGGCUAAUGUGAGCAGAAGUAGAAUUUAAAUCGA